CGAUAUCGCCACUGAUGAGAAUGCCCGCAGGAUCUGGGGCCGAAGGGCCCUGAAGGACGAGAGCGGCCGCAUGAGGAAGCUUCCCGGCUUAGUGCAAGAGGGCUUCGUCUUGGGCGUAAGUUCACCUUUCUGGGAGCUUGCUGAGGCCCCGGGGGAGCUAGCUACUAACGGUCCACGCGUAGGAUAUCGUCGAGAUUGAGGACUGGAACGAAUAUGGAGAGCUCAAGAUGCACGUGAAGAUCUAUUUCGACGAGUUCACUAUUCCCUCUAUUAAGGACAAGCUCCCAGACCCUCCCCUAAAGCCCAAGCCCGCCCUCCCCGCAAAAUCUAUACCCGCAGCUGUCGCCGCCGCCGCCGUUGGUGGUGCCGCUGCCGCCGCCGCCGCUGCCGCACCGAAGCCACCUACAGCUCCUCCUCUACCAACAGGAAAGGCCACCCCGAUCCCUACCACUACCGAAAAGACCAAGGCAGCCGAACCUAAGAAGGAGCCCGAGCAAAAGAAACUGCCCGUCCGCUCCGUCGCCGACGAGGCAGCGCAGAAGGCUAAGGAACUUCGCCUGAAGACUCUGCGGGAAAAGGUCCAUGGCAAGGACGCUGCGAAGGACGGAAAGUCCAAGGAAACACCCAAGACACCCACCAAGGGUGGAUCGGCAGCAAGCAAGAUCGAGGGUCUCCAGUCACCCACCUCAGGAUCAUGGGGCGCCGUUGCUGAUGACGAUCUUGGGCGGGGUCCUCUCCAAAGCCCAACGAGUGCCACCUGGAAGCAGAGUGCUGGUUUCUCUUCUCUUCAUGGUGCCACAAUUGCCUUGGCGACUCAAGACGAGAUUAAGGAGGUAGAGAAGAAGACUGCGAUAAAGGAGGAACCUGAGCUGGAAAAGAAGGCCGAGGACGAUGAAGAUGACGACGACGAUGAUGAAGAGGACAGUGAAGAGGACAGUGACGAUGAUGAAGAUGACGAUGAGGAGGAGAAAGAUAAGACCAAGAAGCCUGCAGCAGCCGCCACGGCCGUGGAUGCCAAGGCAAAGGCAGAGGCAGAGGACAGCCAAGAGGAUAGCGAUGACGAUGAUGACGAGGAGGAUAGCGACGAGGAAGAGGAAGAUGAUACUAAGAAGCCCGCAUCAGCAGCUACAAUGGCAGAUGACAAGGCCAAGGUCAAGGAGGAGGAAAGUGACGAGGACAGCGAUGAGGAUGACGAAGAUGAGGAAGAGGAAACCAAGAAGUCUGCAACAGCGGCCACAGUGGCCGACGACAAGGCCAAAGCUAAGGAAUCUAGCAAGGCAAAGGCAACCGACAAAACCAAGAAAUCCGACAAGGCCAAAAAGACCGACAAGGCCAAGAAGACGGAUAAGGCCAAGAAAACUGACAAGACAAAGAAGAGCGACAAGACGAAGAAAGCUGACAAGCCGAAGAAGACAGAAGAGGUGAAGAAGACAGACAAGGCCAAGAAGACAGACAAGCCGAAGAAGUAGGAGAUGCCAGGGACGAUGAGCGAAAGUCGGUGGUUUAAUUAUCCAUGCUAGGAUGCAGAAGAUGAUGAUAUAGUAGUGUACAUAGCCCAAGAUCCUGAGCCAGU